UACAGUCUACUCCACCAUCUCUCGUCUUCUUUCCUGUUUCUUUCUCCCUUUCUGUUUUUUAAACAUUCCUAAUCUAGAAAUAAAAAUGACGACCACCGAGGCUUUUAACUCGCCGGUACCGACACCGGUGCAACACUCGGCCUGGCACUCGCCGGUCCCCUACCUCUUCGGCGGCCUGGCGGCCAUGUUGGGUCUCAUAGCGUUCGCUCUCUUGAUCCUCGCCUGCUCUUACUGGAAGCUGUCCGGCUACCUCGAGAACGGAAACGGCGAUGGCAGCGCUGAUCCGGACCUUGAGACCGGCGAAACCAAUUCCGAUGAGAAGGUGAAACCCCAGCCGGUGUGGGAAGAGAAAAUUCUGGUGAUAAUGGCGGGACAAGCAAAGCCAACCUUCUUGGCCACACCCAUUUCGAGCAGAGCAUCUUCUUUCGGAAGUAACAGUAGUAGCGGCGAAAAAACAGAGGAAGAGUCCGAAAAGCCGAAACAGGGGAGUGAUGAUCCGGUACAAGAAAGGAACAUGGUGAACCGUGAGACCUCAGAUCAGGUCCCUUGAUUUGUUUCUUCUUCCUCUCUCUUUUCCCCCCAAGUUAUCAUCACUUUAUGAUUAGUUUGGUUCUCCAGAGAUCGUAUUGCAGGUGUUGCUUAGUGGGCUUUUAACCGUGAUUCGGGUGGGCUUUUGUAGGGUAGAUUUUUUUUCAUUUUUCUUUCUUUCCAUUUUUUUUUUGUUUUUUUUAAUUCCAAGUUGCGGAAAUGUAAAUUGUUUUCGGAGAAUGAAAUGGAAAUUUAGCUGUUCUUACUCACAA